AUGGCCUACCCGCCUCCUCCAGGCACCAGUUCUCUCCCACCUCGGCCUCCAGCAAACGCUGGCAACAACAACAACACCGGUCGAUCGGGCUUCAAACCCGCCUUUUCGACAACCUCAAAAGCCCCGGUGCAUACGUAUUCGAGCGGUCCAUCCUACAACGCUGGCGCAUCAGGAUAUCCUGGGGCCUCGACAGCGAGUCAAUAUGGCCAAUCUACAUAUUCAAGCCAUUCUGGCGCACCCCCCGCCGAAGUGAGUGGCGGGGGACGAGGAUAUGGAUAUCAAUCAGCACCACGGCAAGGCUACGGUCCUCAGAGCUAUUCCCACGGUCCGACAUCGUACUCGGCAGCACCCCAAAUCAGAAAUCCUUUCCCGAUGCCAGGCCACCAAGCCGCCGUCGUAUCCAACCCCAGCGACUAUGACCCCGAAAUGGCCGCGCAAAUAGCCCAGUGGCAGAGCACAUAUUCGAGCGAAGCAACCCCAGCCGUCGACAAGAAUGGCAAGCCAAUCACCCCCGACGUCCCGAAGCCAGAAGUUCCCGCAACGGCUAUACCAGGCCAGCCCGACAAGAAGAAGACGGUUGUCCGCCAAGGCGGCGGUAAAAAAUGGACCGACGAUAGCCUCCUCGAAUGGGACCCUGCCCAUCUCCGCCUAUUCGUGGGCAACCUCGCUGGCGAAACGACAGACGACUCCCUCCUCAAGGCCUUUGCGCCAUGGAAGUCCGUCCAGAAAGCCCGAGUAAUUCGCGACAAGCGGACGAACAAAUCCAAGGGCUACGGAUUCGUCAGCUUCAGCGAUGCAGAUGAUUUCUUCAACGCCGCCAAGACCAUGAACGGCCAGUACAUUCAGAGCCACCCCGUGAUUGUCAGGAAGGCCAAUACAGAAAUCAAGGCCACCAAUGUCAAGGAAAAAAGGAACGGGAAGAAUAACAGGAAUGGUAAUUGGAAGAAAUCAGGUAAUCAGCAGGGUGGCGCUGGUCAUGGUGGUGGAAGCGGCACCUACGGUGCGUAUGAGCCAGCAGCACUUGGGCCCGUUGCGCCCACGGGUGUGACGAAGCCUGGACAAAAGACCAAGAAUGGUCUGCGGCUGCUGGGAUAG